GCUUACCCGUGCGCAUUGCGCUCGUGUACGCGCCCUCGCGUGAACGCCCCGGGCCUCACUGUCCCGUUAUUCCCGGAUCUCCGCGAGCAGCGGUGCUGACCCCGCGGUCCGACAUGUCGCAGCUGCCCGCAGUCAGCAGCGUCCGGCGGACGGGAGCAGCGAGCGGCGACCGCGGGCUGCGGCAGGCCGAGGUAGGCGGCGGGCGGCGUGCGCUCCCGGGUCCGGCGCGACCUGAGGAGAUCCGGGGAGGCCGGAUGGCGGCGGCCCGGGAAGACUCCGCAGCCCCGGCGGCCAGGAGAGGCCGGGCGGCUGCAGCCCGGGAAGGCCGGGCGGCGGAGGCCCGGGGUGGCUCCGCGGCGACGGCCCGGGGAGGCCCGGCGGCGGCGGCCCGUGGCGGCGCAGCGGCCCGGGAAGGCCCGGUGGCGGCGGGGUCAAGGGAAGCCCGGAUGGCGGAGGUGGCCCGGCUGCUGGGCGAGCCGCUUGAGGAGGAGGCUCCGGAGGGCAGGCCCCGGUCCAGGGCGGGCGGCCUGGCGGCGAUGCCGUACAUGCGCUUCCGCCACCCCCUCAGCGUCUUAGGCAUCAAUUACCAGCAGUUUCUGCGGCACUACCUGGAGAAUUACCCGAUCGCCCCCGGCCGGAUCCAGGAGCUGGAGGAGCGCCGCCGGCGCUUCGUGGAGGCCUGCAGAGCCAGGGAGGCAGCCUUCGACAUAGAGUACCUGCGCAACCCCCAGAGGGUGGAUUUUGACAUUUUAACGUUUACCAUAGCCCUGACUGCGUCAGAGGUGAUCAAUCCUCUAAUAGAAGAACUGGGUUGCGAUAAGUUCAUCCACAGAGAGUGAGGAGUCGGGCUCGGGGGUGGGCACGGCACCCAAACCUCGGCAUCCAAGUGAAACCCCAUCCUGCAACUUGGUUUUCAGAAAGUCCAAAAGAGAAUGAGUCAGGGCUUCGUUGGAGGGGGGAAGGCGUCAGAAAAUUGGGUUGGGGGGAAAAUGUCAAAGGCAUCGUAAGACUCCUCUACCGUUUCUUGAGUUUAUGAUUGGUUGAGAUUUCUUGUGUUAUGGAAAAUGACCAUCCUCGUGGCUUCGUUGAUAAGGGUGAUGUUGUAAAACUUUAGACUUAAAAUUGCCAGUAGUACAGCCCACGACGAAGAAACAUCAGCGUGAAGAGUUAAAACUGCUUUUAGGACGAAGUUUAUGUCAAGAACUUGACCUUGUCAGACACACACAGUCUUCACAUCGGAGUCAACAUGAGCGUACAGUGUAAGACGGAUUUUGUGUCUCUGAGACAUUGCGAAUGGCAAGCAACAUAAAUAUUGUAUAUAGUAUGUGAUAAAUCGUGCUUUCAAACAUACCAAAUUUCUGGGAUUUUAUUUUUCAUUUUUUAAAAGUUUUGUUUUUGUAAUUCAUCUAUUCAUAAGCCCCAAGAAUAUGAAGGACUGAAAGUCUUCUGUACUUCCCUCCUUGCAGCCUCUGAAGGCAGUUUCCGUCCUUAUUUCGUUAUUUAUACAUAAUAUUUUAUUUCUUCACAAAGUUGACAUAUUUUGGUUUGCGUAUUGUGAUUUAUUAUGAAAAUACCUUGGAGAACCACCCAACCAGUAUGUCUGCUCCUUUAGGGCUGUAUUCCUUUGCGUUCUGUGACUGUGCUGUAGUGAACCGGGAAUAUACUGGUGGACCGUUGCCUGUUUCCCAUCACAUUCCCCUGGCAGUAUGACGCCUCCUCUGGUCUCCUGUGCACACCGAUUGGCCCCUGUGCAGGUGCAUACUGCUUCAGUUCUGAACACAUUUUUCAUGUCUACCAUUCCAAGGUGGAGUGCUCAAGGAAGCUACAAGAGGAUGUCUGACCCCCUGGAACUGGAGUUAGAGAUGGCUGUGAGCUGCCA